AUGGAAAUCAUUGUGGGGGGAACUACUGUUACAGGUCUAGUAGACACAGGGGCACAACGGUCUGUUUUAAAUAUUCCAAUUGGAACAGCUAGUCAGAAUAACACCAGUAUAAUUGGAGCGUCAGGAAAAGCCACACUUGCAGUGAACUUAAAGAGCCAACCUGUUGCAAUUGGAUCUCAAGUUGUUUACCAUGAAUUUUUGUACAUACCUGAGUGCCCAAUCCCCUUAAUUGGUAGAGAUCUUCUUUGUAAGAUGCAAGCAACCUUGGAGUUUGCUCCAAAUGGGCAAGUAAAGAUGCAAUCCCUACACUGCAGGGCUCCUAUCUUGUUGUGCCCAGUACAAGAGGCUUGGAGGUGUCAAAAAGCAGUAAAAGCCCUCUCUGUAAAGGAGAAGGGGGUAGGUGAGUGGAAACUAAUUAAUUUAGUACCUGGAGUAUGGGCAGAAAAUAACCCAAUUAGUCUGGCAGUACAGGCGGUACCAGUCCGGAUAAUCCUGAAACCUCAAGCCAGGCCAGUACAAGUUAGGCAAUACCCGAUCCCGAUAGAAGCAAAAGAACCUAUUCAGAACCAUUUAGCCCGUCUUUUGAAAUUAGGCGUCUUGAUUGAAACCGCUUCCGCCUGGAAUACUCCCUUGUUACCUGUGAAAAAACCUGGGACAGAGUGUGACUAUAGACCAGUACAGGACUUGCGGGCAGUCAAUGAAUCUGUACUCCCAAUGACACCGAUUUUACCAAACCCUUAUACUCUACUGGGAAGAAUUCCUGGUAACAGUUCAGUUUAUACUGUAGUAGAUCUGAAGGAUGCCUUCUUCAGUAUCCCCCUUGACAAAGAUUCUAUAUCUUUGUUUGCCUUUACAUGGGAGGAUGUUCGGACAGGAAUCACCUCUCAGCUUUCUUGGACGCGGUUGCCUCAAGGGUUCUGUCAUUCUCCCUCUAUUUUUAGUCAACAAUUGAAUAAAGAUCUGGAACAUUGGCAAGAAACCAAUGGACCCCUCCUUCUGUAUGUGGAUGAUAUCUUGCUCCCAUGUCCCGACUUGAAUAGUUGUAAGGAACAUACCCUAUCACUACUGAAGGAAUUAGAACAAUUAGGUUAUAGAGCAAGCCAGAAGAAAGCUCAAAUAUGUCAAGAGGAAGUGGAAUAUUUGGGCUUUAUAAUAAGAAAGGAUCAGAGACUUUUAAGCCCAGCGCGCACCAAGGCCAUUACGACAUUGCCCUUGCCCCGCAUGAAAAAGGAAUUACGAACAAUGCUGGGAAUGGCGGGUUACUGCAGAAUUUGGAUCUUGAAUUUUGCCUCAAUAACUAAACCCCUGUAUGCUAUGUUGCAAGGAAACUUACCGGAGAAUGUUCCACUUGCAUGGGAACCCAUCCAGUUGAAAGCUAUAGAAACCCUGAAAGCAGCUCUCAAAAGCCCACCAGCUUUAGGAAUACCAGACACAACCAGGCCCUUCAAACUGUUUGUAGAUGACCGAAAGGGAGUGGCAGUGGGAAUGCUAACCCAAAUUUUAGGCUCAUGGGACCGACCAAUUGCAUAUUUGAGUAAAAAGUUAGACACAGUUAGUCAAGGAUGGCCAAGUUGUCUAAGAAGUAUAGCCGCCACUUCUUUACUUCUAACUGAAGCAUUGAAACUUACCUUUGGACAGACCAUUUAUGUCACCGCCUCCCAUUCAAUCAAGAACCUACUAGAAAAACAGGGUCCCAGAUGAAUGACAAGUUCCAGGCUUGUUAAAUAUACUGCUCAGCUCUGUGAAAAUCCUAAUGUAACUAUUCAAGACAGAUCUACUUUGAACCCUGCUACCUUAAUGCCUGUACCAGAGCAGGAACUUGUGCAUGAUUGUGAGGAGGUAAUGACCAAGGUAUAUUCCAGUCACCCAGACUUGAAAGAUGAACCACUGAAAAAAGGCCGAAUUUUAUUCUGUGAUGGGAGCAGCUACAUAAAGGAAGGCUGCAAGGUAGCAGGAUAUGCUGUGGUGGAGCAAGGACGGAUGGUGAGAAAUGGGAAAUUGCCUGCUGGAACUUCAGCCCAUAAAGCUGAAAUUAUAGCCCUCACCCAGGCCUUACUAGAAGCAACUGGACAAGAAGUCACUAUUUAUACUGACAGCAAGAAUGCUUUCUUGACUCUACAAGUGCAUGGAGCCCUGUAUAAAGAAAGAGGAUUCCUAACCUCUGAAGGAAGACCAGUAGCUUAUGCUAGUGAAAUAAGGGCCCUCUUGGAUGCGGUGUGGAAACCGUUAAAGGUGGCAGUGGUUCACUGCAAGGCACACACCAAAAAAGGGGGGCCUGUGCCAGAAGGAAAUGCCAUAGCAGAUCAAGAAGCAAAGAAGGCCGCUAUUUCUGGGCCUCCAGUGACUCGAAGUUUUGCCCACCUGUACUAUGCAGAGAUACCUGUUGGAAUGAGCAAACCAUAUUAUUCCCCUGAGGAGGAAAAAGAAGCUCAAGACUACGAGUUCAGGGACAUAGAUGGAUGGAAAAUCUUGGAGGAUGACCGAGUCUGGAUACCUCAAAGCUUAGCCUAUGAAGUUCUGUCUAAAAUCCAUAACCAAUGUCACCUGGGAAAAAUAAAUCUGGAAAGAUUAGCUAGAAAAACUCUUUAUAUUGACCAUUUAUACAAAUGGUGUAAAUUAAUAACAAAAGAAUGUCUUACCUGUGCACAAGCAAAUCCCCGUCGAGGACCAGGACUAACACUCGGGACUGUCCUUAAGGGUACACGACCGUUUCAAGUCAUACAGAUAGACUUCACCCACAUGCCCCUAGCAUAUGGAUUCAAAGUGUUGCUGGUGGCAGUUUGUACUUACACCGGAUGGAUAGAAGCUAGACCAGCAACAGGGGAGACAGCAGCAAUAGUUGCUAAAUUUUUAUUAGAAGAAGUUGUGCCAAGAUAUGGACUGCCUUUACAAAUAAAUUCUGAUAAUGGUCCGGGAUUUGCAAACGCUCUAGUAGAACAUGUUUCUAAUGCCCUAGGCUUAACAUGGAAAUUACAUUGUGCUUGGAGACCACAGAGUAGUGGAAUGGUCGAACGAGCAAAUCAGACUUUGAAAUUACAUUUGACAAAAUUGUGCAUAGAGACUAAGGAAAAAUGGGUCCGGUUACUGCCUCUAGCCCUGUUGCAUCAAAGAUGUACACCUCGAAGUUCUGGUUAUACUCCAUAUGAAUUGAUGUAUGGCAGACCACCACCUUUACCAACAGGAGUAGAAAUCUUAGGAGAGCAGGGACAAGUAACUUUUCAGAGGCAACUACAAGCCUUAAAUCGAGUUAUAAGAGAAUUGCAGCAAUAUACUGAUCCCAGCCCAUUGCAAAUCACCACUAGCAUGCAUAAUUAUAAUCCAGGGGAUAAAGUCUGGGUAAAAACGUGGGAAGACAAAUUGCUACAACCUAAAUGGAAAGGUCCGUUUGCAGUAAUUAUGGUCACCCCUACAGCCCUGAAAGUUGAAGGACAGAUCCCAUGGAUCCAUUGGACCAGAGUAAAGCCAGCUGCCAGUCCAGAAUGGGAAAUUGUUGCCAUGUUACCAGAGACACUACGGAUGAAGAUCCAGAAAAGGGCCAAUGUGGGCCGAAAGGACGCGACAGGAGAAGCCUCCUUGGGACCGGCAACCAAUGGGACCACCGGAGUGGCCCCGUCUUCUCUCAGCAUUCCCCCUCCCAAAUCCCGCGUGGGCGGCCGCCCAGCAUCACCUCUCCUAAAGGAUGCUGCAGCAAACAUUCCCUGCAGGUUGGUACCCAAAGUGGUAGCAGUGGAUGAAGGAGAAAGGACCUACCUGCUUCGGCGACGGUGCUGCCUCCUGUUCCUCCCUCGGCAGGACAAAGAGCCCCCCGCCCCUCCUCUCCUCCCCAGUUCUCGCACUUCGAGCCGUGGCUCUCUCGCAGCUUUACAUCCCCCGCCCUGGCUGAUGACAGCGCCGGAGAGAAGGGGAGCCGCGCGCAAAGGGAUGGAGUGCUAUAUAAGCGGCGCGGGGAGCCGCCACCCAGCGGCGCCCGCUCGCUCCAAGCGCCUCCGCUCUCAGCCUUCGACGCGCUUCCCACUGCGGCGACCAAAAAGUGAGCCACGGCGCCCUCUGCAGGCGCAAAGGAGAAACCGACGCGGUGGAAGCCACUUCCUCUCGCCCCUCGAACGCGGAGGCGGUGCGUGA